GUAAUCCCCUUCUUUAAACCAAAUUCAUAUCUGUUUCUUUCCGUAUGUGAAUCCCCCUCUUCCACAGAACCCACACAAAGCCCCUCUCUCCCCCUUUGGAAUUUUAGGGUUUCAUUUUUUUUGACACACAGUGAUAAUCAAAACAGGAUUUUUCGUGUUCUUGAUCACUUAUCGUCUCUGAUAAUCACAAUUUACCUUCAAAAGUUGGGUUCUUGUUUACAAAUUAAGUGUUGAACCCUUAUUUUGGCUGCCGAUUGAUCGUUCAAUGCCUGUAUACAGUUUCGUUAUUCGGUUGUUAGAAAACCCUAGGGAGUUCGAAGCCGCUUACUUAGCGGCGGGCGAUUCUGCAGCCGUUACAGUGGAAGAUUAGUCGAUUAGUUUAUUGUUCUUGAUUUCGUAACAUCGUAUGGUUUUUAUUUGAUUUAUUGGGAAAGUAGGUUUCUUUUCUCGUGUUUGUAUGGCGCCGAGUCGGAGAAAAGGUGCCAGUAAAGCCGCCGCAGCCGCCGCUGCUUGUCGGCAGUGGAAGGUCGGCGAUCUUGUUCUUGCCAAGGUGAAAGGGUUCCCUGCUUGGCCUGCCACGGUUAGUGAGCCGGAGAAGUGGGGGUAUUCUACUGAUUGGAAGAAAGUUCUAGUCUUCUUCUUCGGAACCCAACAAAUAGCAUUCUGCAAUCCAGCUGAUGUUGAAGCUUUUACUGAAGAGAAGAAAGACUCUCUUUUAAGCAAACGUCAUGGUAAAGGUGCUGAUUUUGUUCGUGCUGUAAGAGAGAUAAUCGAUAGCUAUGAGGAGCUCAAAAAACAGGUCCAAGUUGAUGAUGUUAAUACAAUCGGUCCAACAAAUGGUGUCAAAUCAGAAGAAUGUGUUGCUAAUUCUAAGAAUGAGGCUCUCACACCUACCAUUGAUUCAAACCCAAGAGUAGCAGAUUCUUCAAAACCUAAUGGCACUACGUGUGAGGGUGAUGCUGCUAAUGUUCAUCACACAGAGGUCAAAGUGUCCGAGACUACUGGUAAUUCGGAGGCCACAAAAGCACCUGUGCCCACCACAUACUCAAGAAAGAAAUAUUCUGGUACUCAGACCUCAGGGAUCCAUGGAAGGGUGCCAUCUGCACGGAGAUCUGCAAGAACAGAUGCUUGCAGAUUUCCAAACCUCACAGAAGACGUGGUGAUGAGUAAUGGUAAUUUAUCCAGCAUACCACAAAGGAGGACGAAAAGGGUGAAGACAUCACCUGGUUCACCAGAUAAAGAUUUACCUGUUGUUUCAAAUGCAAGCCCUGAAGAAAACGGUUCUGAAAUUGUCACUGCUGAUUCUGAUACCAAGAGUUUUAACGAGGGAAACUGUGUACAGUCUGGUUAUAAGCUUAUGGAACAGGAUCAUGUCAUGGAAGACGUGCAGUUGAGUCAGACACUUGAAUUUCAGACUAAUUCUGUCAUUGUCAAGAAGAAAAGAAAGCCCAGUAGAAAACGGGCCAUCACCGUUACAACCGAGUUCCCUGAUAGAAUCGACAAGCAAUCGGGCUCUGCCAUUGAGGUUCUUAACAUUGAUUCUGAAAAAUCUGUUGUGAAGUAUUCUAAGGAAGAUGGUGAUGAACAUUUGCCAUUGGUGAAAAGGGCCAGGGUCCGUAUGGGUCGGACAUUAUCUAAUACAGAAGAGGUUGAAACUGCAAUCAAAAUAGAUAAACUUUCAGAACCUGCAAAUAACUGUGCGGUUUCAAGUGAUGCAGAAGAUAUGUCUGCAGAGGGGAACUCUUCGGGUGGUAGGGAAGAAGUAGAGCAAUCUUUUGCAUUGAAUAAUUGUAGUGUUAGCAAUAGCAAUAGCAAGCCUCCACUAUGGGAAGCUAACAAGAAUAAGCAUUUUGGUUGUCUGGCUGAUGGUGAGGCUGCUUUACCUCCUUCUAAGCGACUUCAUCGUGCUCUUGAAGCUAUGUCUGCUAAUGUUGCUGAAGAUGAGCAAGUUUCUAAUGGAGGACCUUCUACCAUGAAAACCAUUAUUAAUGGAUCUCUUUCACCAAGAGACUGCUCGAAAGAAACAGAUGAGUGUGAAGUAGAAAAGGAGAAACCUCUCAGCAAUGGUGAUUCUCAGGCUUGUACCAUUUUAGCUCCAGAAGUUGAACAGAAUAAGUCGAUUGAUGAGGUCAACAACACCUGUAGUCAACCUUCUAGCCCAGCAAAUGGGAUUUUGAAAGACGAAAAGCCAGUGGAAAUUGCUGAUUGUAAAGAUUCUGUCAUUUUGACUUGUUGUACUGAAACUGUUGAAUCAACUGAUGUCGUCGUGAAAAGCCCAGAACCUUUGUUGGAUGCUAUUGAGAAGAGAGAAUCUGUUUCUGAAUGCAAUGAUACCCCUGUUGAGUCUAAAAAUGAAUGUGAGAUGGUAACUUUGGAGUUGACUGAACCUAGCAAGAAAGACCCAUCAGAUGUUUCUGGGGUGAGUUCAGAUCCUCUAUCAAGCAAUCUUGAAAACGGGGUGGUUUCACAUGUUAAUUUGGUGCUGCCUGCAUCUCCCCAGAAAAGCUGCAAUGUGGUAGAACAAGAACAUCCAUUUGAAGAAGAUGACAAUGCAAUACUGGAAGAUGGGGAAGGAGUUAAAGAAUCAAACAUGGAAGUAGAUGAAUCUCCAUCUUUGACCACCGAGAAAGAAGCGUUGAAGACAGUUGACCAGACGGGUCCCACACUCGAACUCUCUCAUUCAAACUCUGUUAAUGAAGAUGGCUUGAGCGAUAAAAACGUGUCAGGUACCCUGACAUCUUCUCCUCCUCCUCAUCCGAAUGAUGAUGCGUUUGACUCAACUGCACGAGCCUCUCCACCCAAUACUACUACUACUUCAAUUUGCAACAACAUAUCCACUUCAGAUAAUAGUAAUUUCCUUGAAAACAGUGGCUGUUCUAGUCCCUCAGCUGUGCAUUUAUACAAUGAUAAACAACAAAAGCAAACUGGCAAAUGGAGCACUAUGUCAGAAGCAAAUGCUGCUCUCAAUUCCUUUGAAGCCAGUAUUGGGGCACUAACACGGACAAAGAAAAGCAUUGACCGAGCCACACGCAUUGCUAUCGACUGUGCAAAAUUCGGCAUAGCUGUCAAGGUGGUGGAGACUAUUGCACGCAGUUUGGAAGCUGAACCAAGCUUACACAAAAGAGUGGACUUGUUCUUCCUUGUGGACUCUAUUGCACAAUGUUCUCGAGGGCUUAGAGGUGAUGUGGGUGGUUUGUAUCCUUCUGCGAUCCAAGCAGUGUUACCACGGUUGCUGUUGGCUGCUGCUCCUCCAGGGAAUAGUGCUCUUGAAAACCGUAGGCAAUGCUUAAAGGUUCUGAAGCUGUGGCAAGAAAGAAAGAUUCUUCCAGAACCGAUGAUUCGUCACCAUAUUCGUGAGCUUGAUUCCCUCAACAACAUGUCUUCUAGGAUCAGUAAUUCUUCUCGCAGGCCCUUUAGGAAUGAAAGAGCGUUUGAUGACCCAAUUAGGGAAGUUGAGGGUAUGCUUGUAGAUGAGUACGGAAGUAAUUCGAGCAUACAGCUAUCAGGUUUUGAUAUCCCAACGAUGCUGAAGGAUGAAAAAGAAGGAAGCGAUUCAGAUGGGGAGGGUUUUGAGGCUGUUACUCCUGAACAUAACCAUGAAACAUCUGAAGAGCAUGAUGGGGUGCCUACACCUGCCACAGAUAAGCAUACCCAUGUGUUGGAGGAUGUUGAUGGCGAGCUUGAAAUGGAGGAUGUGGCCCCUUCUCGUGAAUCUGACAUAACUGCCCUUACUGCUAAUAAUAUCACCUUUCAGGAACCAUCCCAUCCACAUCAUCAACUUGCACCACAUUUGCCCUUGUUUGCCCCUCCACUCCCCAGAGACUUGCCUCCAUCAUCUCCACCACUGCCAAGUUCUCCUCCUCCACCCCCUCCAGCCUCCCUUCCGCCACCUCCACCACCCGCCCUUCCUCUGCCGCCGCCGCCGCCUCCUCCUCCUCUAGCCACUUUACCUCCGCCUCCCCCUCCUCCAGCCACCCUUCCUCCUCCUCCUCCCCCUCCUCCUCCAUUGCCGGACGUUUAUGUAGCUAAUCAGAAUGGCAACGAUGAUCCACAGCCAGUUCAUUAUCAUCCUCCUGAAGGCAGAAUGGAUAUGCAACCACCAGAGUCGUCUAAUUCUUCUUUCAGCAAUUUACCUGUCCAAGCCACCAAUAAUAAUGUGCAUCUGAGGCCACCUCACCCUGCUCCGUCAUCACAGUUUUCAUAUUUCCAAUCAGAUCAGGCGAUUCCACCUCCUUCCUACCCUGGCAGGUUUCAUUUUGUCAAUGGUACAGAUACUGCCAACUUUCAUAGCGAUCAUGACAGAAUGCAGCAUGUGCAUGAUGACAGCUGGAGGUUUCCACCCCCUCCAUUCUCUGGUCCAUGUCAUCCUGAUGGGCCUAGAGGAGUACAUUAUCCCCCAAAUAUGUAUGCAGCUCCACCUUGCGAUCCACCAAUGUCCAACACCUGGCAUUAUCCCGUCCGACCUGCAAAUCAUAGAGAAAUGCCACCUCAUAGACCAUACCCUGAAGCACCAGUUCCCAUGGCAACUAGAGGCCCUAACUUUUGGAGACCUCGAUGACCCUUGUCAAUUAGAACUCCUUUUAACCUACAAGAGACCAAAUUUUCAUUUGAAUGACAGUUGUACAACAAUCAUCAAGCAAGACCCUAUUGCUGAUUAAACAAUGCACAGAACAUUUCCAUUCUAAAAGAUGAAGAUGCAUAAUGCAAGAGUGUACAUGAAAAUAUUUCAAUAUUGAGGAUGGCUCCAAAGCUACUGACAUUUCUCUAUGUCUGCAACAUCCUGUCAUCUUUGGAUUUUUUGCUGUUUUGUUCUUUGAGGGCUAUCAAGAUGUUGUGGUUCCAUGUUUAAGCCAAAUGUUGGUGAUGUUUUUUUAGUCGUUGGUUGUUGGUUAUUUGAAAUCAGGCUAAAGUUAGAACUUGGUCUUGGGUGUACAUUAUGGAGAUGUCUUGGGUUCAAAUUUGAAAUAUAAUUGUUGCUUCUUUUCACCUUGAUGUUGGUUUGUUUCUCAUCUCAGGUGCUAUGUGAUCAAGCUGAAACUUGGAGGGAUCAAGUAGUGCCCUAAUAUUUCUUUGUGCUUUGUUUUAUGUUCAGGGGGCAUUUAUUUAAAUGGUCGACCUGUAAGGAAGCUCAAAGCCUCGUAUAUUUC